GAAUGUUAUCAGACCGCGACGCGCUAGCUGCGGAACUCGUAAAGAGUCUGACUAAGUGUCGAAUUCUGGGUUCAAUGAGCACAUGAUAGGUAUUUGACGGACGGUAUAUAAAGGGGACUCUCGUGGAUCAACUCCACCAGAACACAUUCUACUAGUAUCAUUCAAGUUAUCAGUAUCCAAUGGAUCACCGACAUGCUUUGCCAAAACCACCCCACCACAGAGAACGGCCCGCCACGACCGUUGCCGACUGGGAACGAUCCGACAACUUCCAUAACUCCCACCUGUUGCGGAAAGACGAGAUACUCGACGCUGCAGUCCAGAACAGCCAGGCAAACGGCUUGCCUUCCAUUUCUGUCAGCCCUGCUCAAGGGAAAUUAUUGUACUUGUUGGUAAAGUCCAUUGGUGCGAAGAGAAUCUUGGAAGUGGGUACACUUGGAGGGUAUUCUACCAUCCACCUUGCAAGAGCGCUCCCGGAUGACGGGAAGCUCAUUACUUUAGAGCUGAAUGAGCACCAUGCUAAGACCGCGACAGAGAAUAUCGCUAGGGCAGGAUUAGCCUCUAAAGUCGACGUCGUCGUGGGCCCCGCCCUUGACUCACUGCAAAAGAUGGACUCGGAACCGAAAUUCGACUUUGCCUUCAUCGACGCCGAUAAGAACAAUUACUUGAACUAUUUCAUCGAGGCUAAGCGGCUUCUGCGUAAAGGAGGGGCUAUCUACGUCGACAAUGCUGUUCAAGGCGGACGUGUCGCGAAUGCGAAUCUGGAUGAUCCAAUGAUUUUUCCGCUGGAAGUAGAAGCAACUACAAUUGGCACUGCUAAUGGGAGGGGAUAUGACGGGUUUGUGUAUGCUGUCAAGAAGUAG